AUGACUCACGAAACCCUCUUCGGCUCCUUCGUCGUCGAUUACUCCAUGAUCAACACGAACAACACCCCCACGAUCGCACCUACAGUGGGCGAGAAUGUGACCGCCAUGUUCAACGACGGCACCGACUUGAACAAUACGUUCUGGGUCAUCACCACUCCGACAUCGUUCUGGUGUACCUUCAGUGGAUUCCCGCGCGUUGCCGUGUACGGUGCAGUUGUGCAUUACACCGAUGAUGAGCCUGCGACCGCAACCUACAGCGUCGAUGGGAAGAUCGCGGCGAACCAGACCCUUGUCUCCUUCGACUGCUUUCCCCAUUUUCCUCUCUUUCUCGCAGAACUUCCCGACGCUAGUCGUCAACAUACCCUCUCGGUGGACGUCGACGCCCGGCCGGCCGCACCUUAUCUCCUCGACUACAUCCUUCUGUAUGACGCCCCGACGACCACCGCCAACUCGACUGUUCUCUGCGGUGUAUCCACCCUCAGCCCCGCGUCAACCACCACCAUCUCAACGAGCACGAGCGCUGCCAGUAGUCUUGCGUCGUCCGGGAUUCCCAUAGGUGCUCUAUCCAAGUCUAGUACCACACGACUCGAACUGGCCGCUCUGAUUUUCGCGAUUGUACUAUUGGGCUGUGCCAUGGCAUGUUUGAUCUACCUGUAUAUCAAACGGUGGUACAGCAGGAAGCAUGAUUCCGAACAGUACAGAGUCACCCCGUGGGUCGGCAUUGAACCCUCUCCACAUCCAUACACGAGGAAAUGCCCUUCCGAGGAACACAUGCUCCAACACUUUGACACGGACCGUCUCGUCUCCCCGUCUCCUCGCAUCAUCAUCAACAGCGCAGCAAGCUCCACCACCUCCUUCGACACCACUGUCGCUGACGCGCUCUCCGGGCGCGUGGUCGGACACACGUCCAUCCCCACUCCGCCGUCCAGUGCACACGUCCCGGCGGAGGAGAGGGUGACCGAAUGCCAUCGGUCGUCCUCGCGCGCGGACUCGUCCCUCAAACCCCAGCCUGUCCGCGAUGUACGCGCCGGGCUGUGGAGGGUCUCGACGUUCCGUUCCACCUCCGACACCAUCAGCACGGCGCCUCCAGAGACUCCUUCUGAGGAGCGGACCGGUCCACUGGACGAGUUGUCUGCUGCUGUUGAGGCGGGUCGCUCGGCGAAUGAUGACGACACCUGGGAGGCAGUGUGGCAUCGCCAGGAGUCCGCGAAGCUCACAAUCGUCGUCGCCACACUCGGCCAGCCCUUCAACAACGGGGUAGCACAUACACACUUCGUUGCCACGAAAAAUACCCAGCCCUCUGUCGGCGGACGUAGCACCGAGGAUGGCGCGAUCUGUACCCCUGCGCCCGAGUACGCGUAG